AUGUUUUUGCAUCAACCCAAUAUUAAAAAGGGCUUAAAGGAGGUGGGACGGACCCAAACUCAGAGUGCUGCACGUCUACUUGGGAACCGAAGCAAAAAUCGAUACAACAAUAUACUUCCCUACGACUCAACGCGUGUAAGACUGUCUUGCUUGAAGGACGACCCCUGCUCAGACUACAUCAAUGCUAACUACAUACCUGGAUACAAUUUCAAAUGGGAGUAUAUUGCCACACAAGGGCCUCUACCAGGUACCAAGGAUGAUUUCUGGCGUAUGGUGUGGGAACAAAUUCACAGCCUUGUAAUGGUAACCCAGUGUGUGGAGAGAGGCAUGGUGAAGUGUGAUCGCUACUGGCCGAUUGACAGUGAGCCUUUGUACUAUGGUGACGUUGUGGUGCAACUGCUUUCUGAGAAGGUCCUCCCAGAGUGGACCAUUCGGGACUUCAAGAUAUCAUGUGAGGGUCAGUUGAGAUACCCCAGGAUCGUGCGUCAGUUCCAUUACACCAUUUGGCCAGAUCAUGGAGUACCGGACACAACCCAAUCGCUCAUUCAGUUUGUGCGCACAGUCAGAGAUUACAUUGACAGGACAACCAGUCCUGGAGUCACUGUAGUACACUGCAGCGCUGGUGUGGGCCGAACUGGCACUUUCAUUGUGCUGGAUCGUGUUUUAAUGCAACUAGACAGGAAAUGCACAGUGGACAUUUACGGCUGUGUGUUUGAUCUACGUCUGCAUCGCUCAUACAUGGUACAAACUGAGUGUCAGUAUGCUUAUAUCCAUCAGUGUGUGCGGGAUGUUUUGAGGGCUCGUAAACUUUGCUGUGAACGACAUAACCCUCUUUUCCCCAUCUACAACAACUUAUUAUAAACAGUUUGUGUAUACAAGAUUAGGAAGACUUUCCCCCUUAUUGAACCAAAACAGAAGAGAAGCUUUUGUAUUUCAUCAAUAGUUUUUGAUGUAUAACAAAGAUAUAUGCUUUAUUUUUAUACAACUUUUUCAUGACAUACUGUACUGCACACUGUUUGUAAUUAUUUAUGUUUUAUGCUCAUUUUUUUUAAUAGAUCCUAUUUAGAUUUAUGGCACUUUGUGGAAUUUAGUAUUGAUUUUCUUAAAUGGGUCAAUGACGUGACUUGUAAAAUUCUGGUGUCCAAAGCAUAUUCAUAAUAUUAAAAGUAUAUGCAUUUUUUAAAUACACUACAUUACAUGACUUGACUUCUCCCUCUUAAUUACUCAUGUGGGUAUUCAUUAUAAAUAAUUAUUCUUUAAGGAACUAUUGAGCUCAAAAUCCCCAAAAUGUCAUUCUGGGUUACUGUUACGGCUUUAAA